UCCCAAUCUAGUAAUCACCUCCAUCAUAACUUUUACCUUCAUGUCGACGACUGUACGAAAGUCAGCUCCUCGUCUAGCACGUCCUGCAACAAUAUACAGACCGGGAAAAGCGCCCAAAGGCGCUGACACUGUGGUAGACUCUGACGAGGAUGAAGAAGAAUCUCAGGAAGUCCAAGAAGAGGAUGGUGAUGUCUCAAUUGGUGGAGAACAAGAUAUCGUACAAGAAGAAGAAGACGACGACGAAACAAUGCCCGUGCGGAAAGCACCAGCAACGAAAGUCAAAUCAAUGAAUGUUGCUUUAAAGGAUGUGAAUAUAUCCAAGGAGGGCAAGGUCAUAGUAGCGGGAAAAGAGGAGUCUGGGCGAACUGCUGUCGAGGAGGAAGAAUCAGAUGAAGAAGAUUUUGAGGAGGAACCCGAAGCUGUUGAGUCAGAGGAAACAGAUUCUAGUGAAUAUGAAUCUGAAACGGAAGAACAACCGAAAGUUCAAUUCCGGCCUGUAUUUGUUCCGAAGCGGAAUCGUGUCACACAAGAGGCAUUGGCUGAUGAUACUGAAGAGGCACGGCAACAAAGAGAAUUAGAAGCUGAAGAAAGAAAAAAACAGAGCCACGACAUGGUGGCUGAAAGCAUCCGAAGAGAAUUGGCGGAACAGGAGAAAGAGGAGCAGAUACCCGAUGUCGAUGACACUGACGGUUUGGAUCCGGAGGCAGAGUUUGAAGCAUGGAGAAUGAGAGAGUUGGCUCGUAUUAAGAAAGAGAAAGAGGAAGAGGUUCGAAGGGAACAAGAACGGGAAGAAGUUGAACGACGUAGGGCACUGCCCGAGGCACAGAGACUCAAAGAGGAUAUAGAGCAUGCUCAACAAUCUCGAGGAUCAAAACCCAAGGGAAAGCAAAAGUUUUUGCAGAAGUACUGGCACAAGGGUGCGUUUCAUCAGGACGAAGAAAUUCUCAAACGUCACGAUUUUACCGAAGCGACGGACUCGACCGUCGAUGUCUCAAUGUUACCGAAAGUCAUGCAGGUCAAGAACUUCGGAAAACGCAGUCGUACGAAGUACACCCACUUGGUCGAUCAAGAUACGACGAUUGGGAAUGGAGGAUUUGGCGGAGCGGGGACGAUAAAAGUUGGUGGAAAGACUAUCGAAGGCGGUCAAGGAUGUUUCUUGUGUGGAGGGCCACAUCUCAAAAAAGACUGUCCUCAGAACACUGGCCUGAUUAUGCGGGAUAAGCACCUAGAUGGAGAAAGGCCUCAAAGUUCUUGGAGGGACAAAGGCAAUGAGGAUCCAAGCCGAAACCGAGAACGGCGUGACCGCGAAUGGUCUCCUGGACGCGAUAGAAGAGAUCAGCCACACUCGAGGCAGGGCAACUACCGACGCAGGUCUCGCUCACGGUCAUUAUCUAGAACGCCACCGCCAAGACACAGAGAUUAUGACAGAAAACACGGACGACGACGUUCCCAAAAUUGGUCACCCGAGCGAGAUGGGAAACGGCGGAGGGUUGAAGCUGAAGCUCGAGAUUAAGCAUCAACAUACAUGUACAUUCAUCUAAGUCGGCUUCACUGCUAUUAGUAUUACAACUUCCCUCAGUAA